GCGCCCGACUAACCCAACCACCACUGCGAAGCUGAUACGCGCCAGUAAGCUCACGUUCGCGCGCACUCAUUCUAGUCUUGCAAUAACACACACACGCACACACACACACACGCAAGGAUAAGGUCAGAGCAGCAAUCAUGGCCAAAGUAGGACCCGUCAGGGUAUCCGUCUCCUCGCUAGACCCACUGGGCAUCGUCUCGCUGGUGUACCAAGCCAUCCAAGUCCUCAUCGCUUGGUUCUUUGCCCCUUUGCCUCCCUCGGCUCAACAAGCACAGAAGCCGCUCGCAAAGAUCGCAGUCAUUGGUGCGGGUAUCACGGGUAUUUCCACCGCUGCUCAUCUUGCUGGUCAUGGCUUUGACGUCACCAUCUUCGAGGCGGGCUCGGAAGAGAAGCUUGGAGGAAUUUGGGCAAAUGUGAACAGCAGCUCUGGACUGCAGAUCAGCUCCAUUUUGUACCGCUGGCACCCGCUCGUCCGCUGGUCCAAGGGCUACCCCAAGCGAGAUGAGAUUCUAGCCAACGUCAAGCGCGUCUGGACUCGUUACGGCCUGGACAAGAAGACAAGGUUCAAUACACCCGUCCAAUCUGUCACGCGCCACAAGAGCAGCACAGACCCUGCAGAGAGAGGCAGCGCCAAGUGGAUCAUCAAUGGCGACGAAACGCAGGUUUUCGACGGAAUCUCUGUCAACGUGGGAACGUGUGGCAAGCCAAAGCGCAUGGAAUUGCCGGGUCAGGAGAAAUUCAAGGGUCAGAUUGUACACUCGAGCGAGCUUGAUGAUGUCGAGCUGAGCGGUAAAAAGGUUCUCGUCGUAGGCGGUGGGGCAUCUGGUGUAGAAGCGCUGGAGCUGGCAGUUGAGAAGCAAUCGGAGACUGCCAUCAUUCUCGCCCGCUCCGACAAGUGGAUCAUUCCUAGGUUCACCGUCGUGGACAUCCUUCUGGCUCUUCAACCAUUCGGCCGCGAAACCGUCACCAGCAAGAUUCCCGAGUUCUUGCUCAAGAAGUUGCAUUAUCGUGACCUCGAGGAAAAGAUGGCACCUACCCAAGGUUUCUACCAAGACACGCCAAUCGUCAAUACGUCUUGCCUCGAGCACAUCCGGGAGGGGAGAGCUGAUUAUCAGCGCGGCGACGUGCUCGAGCUCACCCCAGACGGCAUCGAGUUCAACAAGCGCAAGCGCGGACAAAAGAAGGAGACCACUGGCGAAAAGGUCCACUAUGACGCUGAUGUCAUUGUCGUUGCGACUGGUUUCGAGAAGCCAAAGAUCGACUUCCUGCCUGACGACUUGUUCCCUGGCGAAUACAUUCGCCCAAACAUGUACUUGCAGGUCUUUCCAGUCGAAGAUUCCACAGUAUCGUGCACGAAUUCCACCUUCCAAGCUGCAGUCGGUACCGUUGGACACGUGCACAUUGGCAUCUAUGCGCGUAUCCUCGCAUUGUUCGUCCUUGAGCCGGAGACGAGGCCAGUACCGAAGGACAUGCGCCUUUGGGUGGAUCUGAUUCGUUGGGUCAAGGAGAAUGCGCCUGGCGGCGAGCUAAGCUUCUUUACGUACAUGGAACUCUGUAUUUGGCUUGUUACUUUCCUGUUUUUCCGUUGGACGCGGAUCCAAUUCUUCUUCUUUGUGCUUUUUGGCCUCGGCUUCUGGUCGCGUGACCAAGCUCCCGAUGGCAAGCCGGCAGGCAAACCUCGUUUCCAUUUGAGCAUCACCAAGCGUAAGUUGUUGAUUGUAGACGCGGGUGGCUAGAACGCACCGACCUGCUGACCUGCU